AUGAUUAGUCCUCUCUGCAGCCAAGCCGUGUCGGCGGGAUUUAAUGCCGAUCAUGUACCUGGCACAGCUGCAGCGCUGAUCUCAUCUGCCGAACCUCCACAACACUCGCUCGCCAUGGUGUUACUGACCAUGACGGCAGGCGCGGUGCGCGCGCUUGCCAGAGCGGAACAAGUCGACCCGGACGAGUAUGCCAAACUGCAGCAACCAGACGAUCCCCCGCUCGUAGAGGCGAAGCCCGGAAACCCCAUCUCGCACGGCCAGCUGAUCGACCUCUCGAAGCUCUUGAAGAACCACGCCGCCCGUCUAUCCAGCGACACCGAGACGGGCGACGCGAAAUAUAAAGAGCCCAUACCCACCACGCUUGACGCCCUCCUCCGCAACUCGACCGUCUACACGGCUCCUCCUCCGCCCAAGAAAGAACCCACCCCCGAAUACAAAGCCCUCAUGGCCCGUCUCCGCGCCGAAGAAGAAGCCCGCAUCUACAACCGCAUGCUAAAUCCCGAUCCUCUUGCAAAGACCGAGACGUUUUCACAGCGCUUCCCCAACGCCGCGACGCCGUUCUCGCUUUCCACGCCCUACGACAAAGUGGACGAAGACGAUCUCAGCUACGAGGAGGUACACCGCCAGAUCAUCCUCAUCAUCAACGUGUUGGUCUCCAUUGUAGCGUGCGCCGUGUUCAUUUGGGUGGCUGCGAGACACUGGAGCGUGCCGAAAAGGCUGGGAUUGAGCAUGGGGGGGAGCGGAGUUGUUGCUAUCGCCGAGGUCGUGGUGUAUAGCGGUUACGUGAGGAGCAUUGCCGAGGCGAAGAAGAGGGAGAAGAAGAAGCCUGAAAUCAAGAAGAUUGUGCAGAGCUGGGUGAUAGACGGGAAUGAGAACAAGGAAGCUGGCAGUGCAUCGGGGCUCAACGAUAAGGUGGAUGAUGGGAUUCGCUACAGAAAAGGCAAGCAUCGCUGA